AUGUCCCUCUACUUUGAUUCAGUCGCAAUUCUGACUGCCCCCUCGUCAGGGGGCUCAUUCAAAUCCCGAAUCUACAGCGCCAGGAACCUGCGCGUCUCCCCCGCCCAAAUAUACGCGCUGACCACCGAAGCCGCAAAAUGGGACACCGUGCUAGCAGAAGUAAUUGACAAAUCGGGGAUCUUGGCUCUCGAGCGGAAGCUUUCACCACUCCUCGCCCUCCUCCUCGUUCACGAUCUCCUACUUGCCAAAAAAGGCAUUGCGACACCGGCUACGCAUACCCUCCGUCAAGCCGUCGAGCGACACAAAGCUAGACUCAAGGCCGAGUUCACCAAGGCACGUGUGCGCCGCGGAUGUGCGACUGUCGAGCAGUUCAAGGCGGCUGUGAUUCGCGAGAAGAGACUCGCGGAUGGCACGAGCAAUUUCGUCUACCCGCGCUGGGUGCGUGUCAAUAAUAUUCGCACAACGCUGGAGGAGCAGCUCAGCACCACCUUCAAGGCUUAUCGCCGGGUAGAGAGUCUGGCGGAGCUGGCGACUGAUGAGGAGCGCAAGCCGGAGCCACGAUUGUUCAUUGAUCCCAAUAUCCCCGAUCUGGUAGCCGUGCCGUUUGGUGCGGACUUCACCUCUUCGCCUGCUUAUAAGAAUGGCGAGAUCAUUCUCCAGGAUAAGGCUUCGUGUUUCCCUGCGUACCUUCUACUGGGAGAUCGGGGACCUGCCGAUGCCUGGGAGGGUGAUUUGAUUGACGGAUGUGCUGCGCCCGGUAACAAGACCACGCACUUGGCUUCGCUGUUGGCUAAGCAGCAAAAGGGCAAGAGCAAGGGUAAGAAGAGCAAUCAGAUGAUCUACUCCAUGGAUGCAUCGACAAUGCGGUCGAAAACACUGCAGAAGAUGGUUGGUCUUGCCGGGGCGGACUCCGUAACUGUACUUCAGGGUCAGGAUUUCCUGGCUCUUGACCCGGAGGACGAGCGCUUCGAGGAUGUCACCGGUUUGUUGCUUGACCCUAGUUGUUCUGGCAGCGGUAUCAUUGGACGUGACGAUGUGCCCCAGUUCACGCUACCGGCCCCGGUGCAGUCCAAGGGUCCAAAGUCGCACGGCAAGAAGCGCAAGCGUGAGGAUGAGGAAGCUGUCGAAUCAAAGGCCACCCCUGGGAUUCCACAGGCGGCACCCACGGACGAAAAUGAUAUCGCCGAUGGUACCAUUGAUCCGGAGCGUCUGACGAAAUUAUCCAGCAUUCAAGCUAGGAUCGUUGAGCACGCUCUGAGCUUUCCGAACGCUACGCAUGUCACGUAUAGUACCUGUUCUAUUCAUCUGAUUGAGAAUGAGGGAGUGGUGGCUCGAAUUUUGAACACCCCGAUUGCCAAGGAGCGUGGCUGGCGUCUUCUCCGACGUGAUGAGCAGCCUGAGGGUUUGCGCCGAUGGAGCAAGCGCGGUGUUCGCGAAGAACGCCCUGCGGAAGGUGAAACUGGGCCUUCUGGAUCGGUUGAUCUCUCCGACGAGGCAUUGGAUGCGUGCAUUCGGUCCUGGCAAGGUGAUGCGGAAGGACUUGGUGGCUUCUUCGUCGCUGGCUUUGUCCGUGAUAAUGCUCUCGCUACGGGUGUCCCAGUACAAGAGCCCGUGAAGCACAGUGAUAACGAAAUGGCCGAGGAGGGCGAAGAGGCUGUAUCGGCCGAAGACGAAGAUGAUGAAGAAGAAGACUGGGGAGGAUUCUCGGAUUAG